AAAGGGACAGAGUUGAGGUCGCAGUAGCUGCAAUGCCUCCCACUCUCCGGUUCGCUCCAUCUCCAUGAUUUCCGUGGGAAGCGCCGCGGAGCCUCUAUGGCAGACUUUCAGGAACUGAAGAAGCGUCAGAAACGACCCACCGAGAAGUAUUAACUUCUCACUUUUCUCGCGUUUCCCAACUCUGAUUCACACUACUCGCACUCGAAUCUUUGUCGAUUUAUCGCCUCGUUCAGCUUGUUUAACUCAGGAAACCGUGUGUUUUCUGGGGCUGUUGCGAUGGCCGGUGGCGGCGGGGUGUCGCCGCUGGGGCUAGCGCCUCCGCUGUGGUAUCACCGGGACCUGAGUCGAGCUGCUGCCGAGGAGCUGCUGGCCCGCGCGGGACGAGACGGGAGUUUCCUGGUUCGGGACAGCGAAAGUGUUAACGGGGCGUACGCCUUGUGUGUGCUGUUUCAGAAGCAUGUCCACACCUAUAGGGUUCUCCCAGAUGAAGAGGGAUUCUUGGCAGUCCAGACGUCUCAGGGGGUGCAGCCGAAGCGGUUUAAGAGCCUCCCAGAGCUGGUCCUGUUGUACCUCCAGCCCAGUCAGGGACUGGUCAGCACUCUACUGUACCCCGUAGACAGAGAGGAGAGCAUCCCAGAGGACAGGGACUACUCAGAUGGGGAAGAUGAGAAGCCGCCCCUUCCUCCUCGUUCCGCCUCCACCUCCACAACACCUACAGGCUCCGCCCCGGAGACACCAACCGACAGCGCCCCUGCUGCUAACGGCCUGAGCACCAUUUCCCAUGAAUAUCUGAAGGGAAGCUACGCUCUGGACCUGCAGGCUGUCAAACAGGGAGCCAGCUCUCUGCCCCACCUCAACAAGACACUGGUGUCCUCCUGCAAACGCCUCAAUGGGGAGGUGGAUAAGGUUCUGUCUGGGCUGGAGAUCCUGUCCAAGGUGUUUGACCAACAAAGUGCCUUCAUGGUGUCCAAGAUGAUACAGCAGUCGGUGAAUCAGGGUGGAGAUCAGGAGUUGGAGAAUCUGGUCACUAAACUGGCUAUCCUCAAAGAUCUACUGUCUUCUAUAGAGAAGAAGGCUCUGAAGGCUGUGCAGGAUUUGAGUGUGUCCACUCUCUCCUCUCUUCCUCCUCUCACACGCCACAGCAAAACCAUCCCCGUACAGGCCUUUGAGGUGAAGUUGGAUGUGUACCUGGCAGACCUGACUAAAAUAGGGAAGAGUCAGAAGCACAGUCUGUCUGUGGACGUGGAGGGAGGGAUGCUUGUGGUGAUGAAGAAGAUGAAGGACAACCAGGAGGACUGGAACACCUUCACACACCACAAGAUCCGUCAGCUGAUCAAGUCUCAACGUGUUCAGAACAAGCUGGGCAUCGUGUUUGAGAAGGACAAGGAGAAGAGCCAGAGGAAAGACUUCAUCUUCGCCAGCGCUAAGAAGCGGGAGGCAUUUUGUCAGCUGCUGCAACUGAUGAAGAACAAACAUUCCAACCAGGACGAACCAGACAUGAUCUCCAUCUUUAUAGGGACCUGGAACAUGGGUUCUGUGCCCUCCCCCAAGGCGGUGGGUUCCUGGCUGUUGUGUCGUGGGCUGGGGAAGACGCUGGAUGAGAUGACCGUAACCAUUCCUCAUGACCUCUACGUGUUCGGAACGCAGGAGAACUCUGUGUGUGACCGUGAGUGGGUCGACUCACUCCGCACCGCACUCAAAGAACACACAGAGCUGGAUUACAAACCGAUCGCGGUCCAGACUCUGUGGAACAUUAAGAUAGCGGUGCUGGUGAAACCAGAACAUGAAAACCGCAUCAGUCAUGUGGGCGUGUCCAGUGUUAAAACGGGUAUUGCUAAUACGCUGGGUAACAAAGGGGCAGUGGGCGUGUCUUUCAUGUUUAAUGGAACUUCCUUCGGCUUUGUGAACUGUCACCUGACAUCAGGCAACGAAAAGAUCGGCAGGAGGAACCAGAACUACCUGGAUAUACUGCGGCUGCUCUCUCUAGGAGAUAAACAGCUGAGCUCCUUUGACAUCUCUCUACGCUUCACACACCUCUUCUGGCUGGGAGACCUCAACUACAGGCUGGACAUGGACAUACAGGAGAUCCUGAACUACAUCAACAGGAAAGAGUUUGAUCCUCUGCUGAAGGUGGACCAGCUCAACCAGGAGAGAGAGAAGAACAAGGUGUUCCUACGCUUUGCGGAAGAGGAGAUAUCCUACCCACCCACCUACCGUUAUGAACGCGGGUCUAGAGAUACAUACGUGUGGCAGAAACAGAAGGCCACAGGGAUGAGGACUAACGUCCCCUCUUGGUGUGACAGGAUCCUAUGGAAGUCUUACCCUGAGACUCACAUCGUCUGUAACUCCUAUGGCUGUACAGAUGACGUGGUGACCAGUGACCACUCCCCAGUGUUUGGUACAUUUGAGGUGGGGGUCACCUCACAGUUCGUCUCCAAGAAAGGUCUGCCUAAGUCCUCUGAACAGGCCUAUAUAGAGUUUGAGAAUAUUGAGGCCAUAGUGAAGACGGCCAGCAGAACCAAGUUCUUUAUCGAGUUCUACUCUACCUGCCUGGAGGAGUUUAAGAAGAGUUAUGAGAAUGACAGUCAAAGCAGUGACAACGUCAACUUCCUGCGUGUGGGCUGGUCCAAUAAGCAGCUGACCACCCUGAAGCCCCUCCUCUCUGAGAUAGAAUAUCUCCAGGACCAACACCUGCUGCUCACAGUCAAAUCACUAGAUGGAUACGAGUCUUAUGGAGAGUGUGUGGUGGCUCUGAAGUCCAUGAUAGGCAGCACGGCACAGCAGUUCCAUACCUACCUGUCCCACAGAGGGGAGGAGACGGGCAACAUCAGAGGUUCUAUGAGGGUCCGCGUGCCAGCAGAGAGGAUGGGUACCAGGGAGAGGCUCUAUGAGUGGAUCAGUGUGGAUAAAGAUGAGACGGGAGGACACAAAGGCAGAUCCACCCUGCCCCCCCGAUCAGGACACGACUACGUCAAGCCGUCUUUGACACAGAAACACGUGGGGGCGGUGCUUGGGAAGGUGAGCGAGGAGGGAGAGAGGAGUACCAAAGAGGAGGUGACUGCAGCAAGGGCUAAGCAGGAUUCUGCAGAGGGAGACCCCUCCACCUGUAAAAACAACAGCUACAAUAACCCCGCCUACUACAUCCUGGAAGGCGUUCCUAACCAAUCAGCUGCCACCCUGUCCUCGGAGCUCCUCCCCUCCCCCUGCUCCCCCCCAGCCGGUAAGGCACUCCUGUCUGGAGGGGGCAAGGGGAGGCCCUCCUCAGGGUCCUCCCACCCCCGCAGGCACACAGCUGGACACCCUGUCCGGCCCAUCAGUGAGGAGGGGUCCUCGGAGGAUGAUGGGAUUGCAGUGGUGGGGGUGGUGUCAGGUGGAGGAGCGGGAGGCACACUGAACCGUCCUCCUCCUGACUUCCCCCCUCCCCCCCUCCCUAAAGGAGCACUGGAGAUGGCCGACACCCCCUUCUCUAAACCACGCCCCCUGUACCCCGACCUGGCCGAGGUGAAGAUCCCCGCAGCCAAUUCCAGUCCUGCCUUCGUCCUGGGGGAGGACUUUAGGAGGGGAGGGCCCGGGGAGCUGGACGACCAAUCAUGUUCGGUGCUGCAGAUGGCGAAGACACUGAGUGAGAGCGAGUACCCCCCUGCUCCCCGUGCCCCCUCUGCACCCCCCCACCUCAGAGGCCAGGGGUUGGGGGACGCCUGUCGCACCUUCCCUCCCCGAGCCCCCAUCACAGAGAGCAUCGCUGAAGACCUACCAGAGGAAGCACUGUGGGGAAGCAGCAGCUCGUCUCUCUCCGUGGGGGAGUCGUCUGUGGGAGAGUGGCUACAGAGAUUAGGGCUGGACCGCUAUGAGGAAGGUCUGCUACACAACGGCUGGGACGACCUGGAGUUCCUCAGAUACUUUGAUUUGGACUCAUACUCCGACCCUCCCGUGCUGCAAUUUGCGUGCUCGGAUGACAUCACAGAGGAGGACCUAGAGGAAGCAGGCAUUCUAGACCCCGCCCACAAGAGGAUUCUGCUGGAGAGCCUGAGACAGCAGAAGCAGCAGAAGUGAGCUGAACCGGUCCAUGCUGAGCUGAGACGUGCUAAUCCAUGCCAGACUGUGCCUUCUGAGAGAAAUUGCACUCCAUUAUACUUUCUGUUGACCAACAGAUUUUUCGAACGUCCUUUUUUAGAUGUAUUGUACUGUGUAAGUGUCUUUAUGUUAAUGUAACUGUGGCUGUUGUGUUAGCCAGCCUUAUUUAAACAGUAGAAACAUUUCAGUCCUUUGUUAAGAAUCAAAACAUGGACCUCUACCCUGCCACCUGCAUAACAGACCCCCUCCCUCUUACCCCGCCCCCUUCCCUCUCACCCCGCCCCCUUCCCUCUCACCCCGCCCCCUUCCCUCUCACUCCACCCCCUUCCCUCUCACCCCACCCCCUUUCCUCUCACCCCGCCCCCUUUCCUCUCACCCUUCCCUUUGUUAUUGUUUUUAUUCCGCUCAUGAAUAUGAUUAUUAAUGACUAUUUGUUCAUUGGUUCAGUGUUUUUUUUGUGUUUUAUGUUUUUGAGAUAAAGGGAAUGUAGCGAACCACACCAGCACUGUUUGACUGAAUCUUUUGUUGAGCCGUGCUGAGCUCCAAGGCCCCUUUCAGUAGCACAAACUGCAGACCCGUCAUGCAGUUGUCCAUGUACUAAUUAGUGUUUAAUUGAUGCUGAGCCAGCCUAAACACAGUGGGUCCCCAGGAUCCUUACUGAGAAACACUGCCACACAUCACACUUGCUGCUGGUUGUUCUUUUCACCACAUGGUGGUGCUGUUGUCCUGGCAACCUCAGUAGGACCACAGGUAAGAAACUGAAGAGACACCAAGUGAUAUAAAGGACUGUUUUUAACAUUAUACAUUUGAAUUUGUUUUAUAUAAAUGUAUAUGUUGAUGUUAUUUGACUGUUGUAAAAAAAGAAAUGACUGUGUUGCACAAUGAGAGGAAACAGGAGAAAUGUGAGUGAAUGUCUUGUUAAUCUGUUAUCACCUUUAGCCCUAUAGCAUAGUGGCCCCUCCCAUCCCUUUUCCUAUACCCCCCCCGCUCCCAUCCCUUCUCCUAUACCCCCCUCUCCCAUCCCUUUACCUAUACCCCCCGCUCCCAUCCCUUCUCCUAUACCCCCUCUCCCAUCCCUUUACCUAUACC